UGUGUACCCGUGUCGCCGACUACAGAAAAAGUGUGGCGUGACCUUAGAAUUAAGUUAUCUUCCUGACAAGGAUACGUCUUCCUUUGCGGAGAGCGAUCUGUGUACCCGUGUAGCCGACUACAGCAAAAGUGUGGCGUGUCUAAAAGCAAGUACUGUGCACAACUUGGACAUCAUAACACUAAACAGGACAAUGGCGACUGCAGUGAAGCUACCCCAGUGUAGAGUGUGUCACACCUCGUACAAGUAUGGUGGGCCUGCUCCACACCUCCUACCUUGUCUCCACUCGGUGUGUCAGACAUGCCUAGACACUGACACCGCUGAUACACUGACGUGUGACAUAUGCCAGGAAACAUUCAAUAAAGAACACACUGAUUUCCCUCCCGAUGUCGUUGUCAUCAAAGAUAUCUUCCACCAAACUGCUGAAAACGAUGGUUCCGCCGUGCUUUGUACCAAUAGAGAUGAUGGCAACCAAGCAAUGUCCUGGUGUGAUGAAUGUGAAGCCUUCUUUUGUGAGCACUGUCAGGCCAGUCAUGAAAAUAUGAAGUUGACAAGAUCCCAUGCAGUUGUGACAUUGGCAAACCUGAAGUCAUCUGACGUAGAACCUACUCCUAAGACUGUCUACUGCACAGAACAUGCUGAUCAUCCUCUUCUGCUCUAUGAUGAAACAUGUGAGCAAAGAAUAUGUUUCAGAUGUAAGGAGAAUCAUAGCGACUGCAAGGUGAAUGACAUAGCUACAGCAUUUCAACAUCUGAAGGAGACCGUACUGGAGGAAGGACAGAAAGGCCUCUCUAAGAAGAUAGAAACAAUCAGAGCCAUCAAGGACCAGGUACAUGAAGUUGUCAAGAUGUCAGAGGUGAAAGAGAAGGAACGGAAGGAGUUCUUAAAGCAUACGUUUUCUGAGCUGAGAAAUACUUUAAAUCAGCGAGAAGAAGGGCUUUCGCUACAACUGGAUCAAAGUUUCAGAGCUGUAUAUGAUAUAAAUAACUCACGGCUAUCCAAGUUGGAAAUGGAGGAAGCCAAAUGUGACACAGCACUUGGGUAUUGUCAGAAAUUCGCUGCCAUGUCUAGUAUGGACGCACUCUUCAGGGCCAGAAAGACAGUAGUAUCCAGAACCAAUGAGUGUAUUACAACUGAGCUUCCCCAAGUGAGAGAUACAGAGGCUGCAGUCACUCUAUCUAGACAGGACUUUACAGACCUGAAGCAAUUGAUUUCUUCCUUUGGAGGGUACUACAUACCCAUGGACCCUCAGUCAGAAAGUAACCCAGAGGGAUCUACUAUGAAUGCUAUGCAAACAAAGAUAAACAAGCUUGAAGCUGAUAACAUGUUACAUCUGCAGGUUAUAAAGAAUCGCGAUCAACAGAUCGAACAGCUUUCGACAACAAUGAAGUCUUUAGAGUGGGUGUCCAGUGUAGCUGUCCACUUUCUGCCUGCCUCAGAUGCCCCUUUUCCUGUUCCUCUUCUCUGUAUACAUCUAAAAUAUGACAAAGACAGAGUCAAUCUCGACUCCGCCCACGUCAACACAGAAGGAGACCUGGUCAACAGGAAGUCGGGCACUAGACCUGCAGGGGAGGGGAGACUGAAGAAGUACUGUGGCACAUGUAGCACUGCCCCCCUCCCCCGGGCUGGCUGUCCCCAGUACUGGGAGGUGUUGUCUAGGGUCAGUCUGGACAAACCACUCACAGGGGACGCGCUCAUCCUGGAGGUGGGUGUAUGCAGUGAGGAGCAGAGGGACGUGCAUCAUUGUAUAGGUGAACAACAGACCUCCUACAGCCUGGAUGUCGUCCAGUGUACUACACACGGCGGGAUAUGCAGGAGGACAUUGAAGGGGGGGAAGUGUGUGCUGUGUCUGCCCGACACUCUCCCCAACACAGCAGGGGCAUCACACACACUACAUUACGGUGUUGUCUAUGAUGACGCCAGGAAGAAGAUUGUCUUCAUUGAUGUGAAGGAGAAUAAAGUGAUGUCGACGUUAGACAUUGUAGACUCCAGUCAGCCACUGUGGCCGAUGUUCGGGGUGUAUAAUGUCACUGUCAGCAUGACACUUGUAGUGGGCAGCGACAUCAACAUGACAGAGGAGAAGAAAGCAAUGAUUGUCAAGUCGCUGUCGUGAUGGUGACAAUGAUUGUCAAGGCGCUGUCGUGAUGGUGACAAUGAUUGUCAAGGGCUGUCGUGAUGGUGACAAUGAUUGUUAAGGGGCUGUCGUGAUGGUGACAAUGAUUGUCAAGGCUUUGUCCU